AUGGCCGACCCCGCGACAGAAGUAAAGAAGCCCGCCCGCCCGCCUUCGGCUACGCACCACGUCAUCGUCAAGCUCGAGACGAUCCACGUGCCGCCUCCGGAGGUCAAUGAUGGUGACCUGGGACCGGGAGUGACGCACGAGGUUAUUGGGUACGAGUAUACCCGGCCCUCGGAGAGCGCCGUCGCGGCGGCGAGGGCGUGGCCUGCGAGCGUGCUGAUUACGACGACUGUGCCUAUUAAUAAGGAGACGCUCGGGGAGGCGCCGUAUUUGCGUCGCGGCGUGACCGUAAUAUACUCGCCCAACGCGACAGUCGAAGCCGUCUCCGAGCACGCCCUCGGCUUGUACUUCUCAUCCCGCCGACGCUUCGUGACGCUCCACAACACGAUGAUGGACCACGCUGAGGGCCGCCCGAACCCCUGGCGCGCAAAGGGGAGCAUGUCCUCCCUCCUCCUCGACAGUGAGGGCCGCCCGCCGCAUACGUGCGGCAACGAGGUGGUGGGGAUGAUCGGCUACGGGCCCAUAGGGCAGCGCGUCGCCAAGAUGUGUCGCUCGCUGGGCAUGAAGGUCCUCGUCGCUGCGAGGAAGAACGAUGCCGCGCCUGCUGUGAACGGUAACGGGGUAACUCCCGCUGCCGCCGCUCAGCCGAAUGGCAACGGAGACGUCCACCGCACGCCCUUCGCAGAGGUCAUCUGUCGCGCAACGACACUCUUCCUCAUCGUGCCCCUCACGGCAGAGACCAAAAACCUCGUCGGCGAGGCUGAGAUGGCGACGAUGAGGUCUGACGCCGUGAUUAUCAACGUCGGGCGGGGCGGGACCGUGAAUGAGGCUGCGCUGGUGGUAGCGUUGCGGGAGGGUAGGAUCUCGGGGGCGGCGACGGAUGUUUACGAGGUUGAGCCGGCGGGGAGUGGGCAGGAUAGUGUGUUACUGGGGGAGGAGGCCAAGGGCUUAAACUUGACGCUGACGCCGCAUUUGGCGUGGUGCGCCGAUCAGACGAGAGUGAAUAUCCGGAGGGUUGUCGGGGAGAAUGUGAGGUUGUUUUUCGGGGGCGGGAAGGGUAGUAAUGUUGUGCUUGAUAUGCGGUGA